AUGUGGAACUAUUUGUUUGGAGGCAAUAAGCAGCAAAAGAAGGAGUUGCCGAAGAAGGCUAUUGUGGAGUUGAGAGAACACAUUCAGAUGCUCAACAAGAAACGGACCCAUCUAGAACUGCAAAUCAAUGACCAGGACCAGUUGGCCAGAAAGCAUCUUGCCACCAAUAAGGCCAUGGCCAGAAAUGCGUUGAAGCGCAAGAAGGGCUAUGAGGCCAAUUUGAUGAAGAUCGAGAACCAGAUUGAUUCCUUGGAGACGCAGUUGACAGCCAUCGAGGGCGCCAACUUGAAUUUGGAGACCAUGAAGGCAAUGAAGCAAGGUGCUCUGGCCAUGAAGCAGAUACAUGGCGAGUACGACGUGGACAAGGUAGAGAACACCAUGGAUGAUAUCCGCGAGCAGGUGGAGUUGGCCGAAGAGAUCUCCGAGGCGAUUUCGCGUCCUGUGGGUGGAGAGUACGUGGACGAAGACGAGUUGGACGAGGAGUUGGCGGCUUUGCAGGCGGAGGCUGCCGAGACGAACGAGGCACAGAAGCAGCCUGCUACGAAGGUGGCGUCACCUCAGUUGCCUGACUUCCCUACCGUAGCGAAGAACAAGCCACAAGCAGCUGCGGAGGAGGACGAGGAUGAGGAGGCCUUGAAGGCGUUGCAGGCGGAGAUGGGGUUGUAA